GCAUCGGGGCUCACCUAAAAAGCCCAUAUCCCACCGGUUGAGAAAAAGUGUCAUUGUUUUUUAGCAGAAUUAUGUUAGGUUUCAUGUGUUGUUGGAGGUGCGUUUUAGUCAGUUUACCUCAGAAAAUGCCGCCCUCAUCAAUCUGCCACCAUAUGCGGCUGCCAAAUCUGCCUAAUGAGCGGGCCCUGACAAGGAGUACGCAAUUGAGAUUCUCCAAUAGCCUCGACCCUUUGAGCAAAAAUAAUAAAGCCCUUAUAUGUAUUGCCCGUAAGAUGGCGCUGCCGUCAGCAUUCCACCGCCCAGAGGUCAGUGUAAUACUAUACGUGCUUGAACAAAGAGCUACAUAACCAGACAGUCAUGAGAGAAAAUGCUUUAAUUAACGUUGACACAUAAUUCACAAACCCAUGUGAGACAGCACUAAUAGUAGCUUCAUUAAUACACUGUUACAUGCUCUUGUUUAACUUUGUGAAAAGUAACGUUACAUUUCUCAGCGCGCCAACGGUUUACACGGCCCUGAGCUAUAAUUAUAUAUUUCUGUCCUCGAUAUCUGUUUUCUCCCAUCGAAAAGGAAAUGCGUUUUAUGCCCAUUCCCGAGGGGCUAUGACAACCCUUAUACCCCGAUUAGUCCCGCCCACGCCUGGUCUAUCUCGUUCUCAGGCAUUUGCAUGGAAAAACAUAAAUCACAGAAAACUAACAUUCUGUCAAAAUAAGGAAUACAGCAACAGUUCGGGAUUAUAGUGAAUUAGGAGUUUAGGGCAAACCGAAUAAAACGAUGGGAAAGGGUCUGGAAUAUGGGGGAAUCUACGGAAAAGCUGCAGAGUUGACCAAGUUGAAGGAGAAAAGUUUGGGAAAACUUUAGCACUUCUUCGUGCAUGGAUGCGACUCGAGAAGACAUGUAAGGUCAGAAUGCAGGAGAGUUCUCUCUCUCACGUUGUUUAAUUCACUGUCGUUGUAGUGUAAUUCAUUGUCGUUUUAGUGUAAACGCUGGUUUCUUGUUUUGAGACUCUUAAUUAGAGUAGAGAGAAUAAGACUGCAGCAAAUUGUGGUUAAAAGUGUAGCCUAUUGUGCUAGCUCAAAGGGGUGAAAGCCACUGUGGAAGAAAAAGUGCUUUACCGCAAUGAAUUAACAGAAGGAGAGAACAUAACAAAAAUACAUGCACAAUGGCAGAAACGGAGACAGAGAAGGUGUAUAGCAGGGUCUCUUUCAAAAAGUUUGAAAGUUGGAGCUCAAACAAAAGUCGCUGUGAAAAUCAACAAAACAAAUCAAAGGAUUUGGAGAGCAGUAGCAGCGCCCUUCCCCCUCCAUCUACGGCUGCGGCAGAGAAGGCGCAGCCCUCGGCUAUGCGUAAUGUUAGUGUGUCAAGGAAAGUUUCCAAAAUCUCCGCUGCCAGCCUCGACACCGCAGAGCUAAAGAAAGCCUCUUCCACUCCUCUCUCCUCCAUUUCUCCCUCUAUUCGCCAACUCACUGAAAAGUUCAGUAGCACUAAUUCGGCUCGGAAUCACGGAGCCCUGAGCCCUGGCAGUAACGUGGCCGGGAAGAGCACAACUUUACCCCGAUUUAAAAGCAGAAGGGGAGAGAGAUCCCCGUCUCGGAAUUUAUUCCACGAGGACAGUGGAUAUUUACAAGUUACUGACACGGUGUUAACAGAGUCUGCGACUGACACUAAAGUUCAGCAACAAACGUUUUAUUCAGGCACAGACUCUGUCUCUGGGUCGGAUUCGGAUAGAAAUCAACAAUUGAUUUAUACUCGCAAAUGUGCUCAAGGCAGCAGCGUUGGGACUGGUAAAAGAGAUUAUUCCCAAAUUGAUCCGUCUAUCUCUGAUAACAAUAACUGCAGUGAAACGUUGAACGCUGAGGAUUAUGUUUUUGUCAGUGGGGCGCCUGCCUGCAAGUCACACAGGAGCUAUUUCCCAAGUCACCAUGGAGAUCCUCCUGUUCACAUUGAUUUAACCAACUGGCCCAGUGUCACCAAGAUCCGAGAGCUUUUUGGGGACAGGCACAGAAAGAAGCACCGGUCCACCUCUGAUGCAGAGGAUUUAAAGUCUGCUGACCACCUCGAGCUCUUCAGCAGCUCCAAAGAGAACUCUGUAUCAGACAGAAGCGACAGGCAGUCUCCCAACAGCCCAACCCCAGAAGCCACUAGCCUCUCACUGUCAGACAGACACCGCAGCAGGGCUGCCUCCCUGGGCAGAGAGAGGAGACACCAGGGCAUGGACUCAGCCUUUCACCCUGACCAGCACUACUCAGACAAGGCAGAGAUUGAGCCAGCCAGCGCUAGUAUUAGUAGAAGUGGUAUGUUUCUUAGGGUGGCGCAGCCAUCAAACACGCACAGACCCCACAGCCCCAGCAGUGGAGGAGAGGGGCCUGAGGCCCGUCCAUCUAGUUUGAACCUUGACCCUCCACCCUCUGUCCUAGCCGCUGGCCCCACCUCCCCACCUCGGAGCAGCUCCAGGGGCCUCUCCUCCUCCUGUGUCUGCCCCUCUGUAGAGCAGCAGCAGAGCCAGGGGACCGGGCAGCCCAGGGAUAGUUUACAUUCCUCACAUAGCUCCUCCAGACCGGUGGCCCCUUCCUCUGAUAGAGCCUCAGCCAGGGCAGCCAUCACAGCCCGCUGGAGGUUCAGCUCAGGAGACGAAGAAGAGGAGUACCACCGAGCAGGAGGAAGGAGCGCUCCCUCGUUAGGUGUCAGUGGAAGUUACCUCUCCCGCGGUAAGAAUGGUUGGUGGGGUGGAAAGGUCCCCGGAAGGUCUUCAGGCAGUGAAGAGGACAGCCCUGCUUCACUAGGACCUAGCCGAGACACCAUGCGACGCCGUUCACUGAGGAAGAAGAAGAAGAACAGCGAAGUUGCCAUAGCAACGGGACGAGACAAUGGUGAAUCAGACGACAGCGACGACGAGCAGACAGGUAUGAUGGAACACCUGGAGAGACACCAACAGAACACCGCCGCCACUACAGAACAGGCUGGUAGCUCUCGGAACCGGCUCGGAGAACCCGAAGGCUCUAGAAACAAUGCAGCGCAGAGGGAACGCAAUUACACUCCUAACCAGAUGGUGGCGCAGGAGAGCUACAGACGCCAAUACACCUCAGGUGGGCCGGGGACAUCAUCUCCCUUGACCACGCCCCUCACAGGGGUAUCACGGGUGUCAAAGGUCAACAUCUCAUCGUUUAUUUCGAGUCCCGGCGGAUCGCAGACCAGCAGUAGAUACUGUAGCACAGAAACACUGAAAGAAGACCAAGCUAGCUAUGCUAACAGAAUGGCUAACACUACUACUACUACCACCACCCCAGGCAGUGUGGUCGGUGCAUCCUCCUCCAUGCUCAGUAAGACCUACCACGGUAACUUCACCAUGUACCGCUCCCCCAGCUUCGGACAUGGGGAUAACUUAUCCCGCGCCCCUGUUAGAGUCUGCCCCCACCUUCUUCCCCCUGUCAACCCACCAUCUCCAGCCACAGGGGACACUCGAGGGGUUACUAGGGAGGAGACUACAGUGUUCCAGCGGUUGAUAAGUGGUGGCGUAGUCGGGGAUAAGGACAGGAACAGGAUGUCAAUGUCAAACCCGGAUAUUGCUUCGGAAACAAUGUCCCUCCUCAGCUUCCUGAAAAGUGACCUAUCAGACCUCAGAGUUCGGAAGACGGACAGGUCAGGGAUUACUGAGGGGUCAUCUGCGGUGUACAGGAUGGGGUCAAGAGGUCUCCACCCAGGACUCCGCCCUUCAUUAAAGGACCUCACUGCAACUCUUCGACGCGCCAAAUCCUUCACUUACUCUGAUAAACCAGAAGGGAGGCAACAUUCAGAUGGGUCCUCGGCCAAAAGAAGCUCUUCUGAGCAACGUCUGGAUUUAGACGGAGAGCGUGAUGGAGGGAGGAGGGUGGUGCCUGCCAGAGAGGUGGAGAGUGACGGAGGGGACUGCAGAGCAGGGGGUUAUGGGGAUGAGGAAGUGAUGCCUACUCCGCUGCAGGACAGGUAUGUACAGGAGGCCAGACAGGUGAUCAGAGAUAUCUGCCAGAUGAGCGCUCGCAAGGAUGAUGAUAACGAGGAUGAUAUGCUAGCGACAGAUUCCACUGAGGAUGAGGAUUUCAAAAGGAAAGAAGUGGAGGAGCAGGAGACAAAAGAGAGGGAGGGGAGAGCUAGGGAGGCUGAGGUUGACAUUGGGGCAGCCUCCAUUUCAGGGGAACAAGAGAAGAGGGAGGGGGAAUGUGAAAACAGAGAACGAGAGAAGUGCCUACAGAAGGGAGAUUCUGAGGAGAACGUGUUUUAUGACCGAUUUGUUGAUGAGCUAUCGGGUCACGAGUCAAGCCUCACAGAUGAGGGCAUAGUCACAGAACCAGAGACUGGACCUGGUGACCCUGAGAGGUUAUUUGUGGGGUCAAGUUUAGGAUCAUCUUUGGCCAGAGAUGUGCUAGGUCAACCCCUGACUGUCUGGAAGCAGUCUGCUCUGCAUGAGGAGAAAUGGCCAGAGUUAAACGAGGGAAUGCGAGAGGGAUCGGGGUUAUACGCAGGAGCGAGAGAGAAACGAGAGAACCUGGUCUCUGUUCCUGCACUUGGGACUGAGACUGAGAGCAUUGAUGUAGUAACAGAGAUGAGCAGCGUCAACAACAACAGUACUAAUGGGAGGACUAAUGUAUCCCAGAGUGCCUCAGCCCCAGGACUUGAGGCUCCUCCCACUCCGAGCGCUAUCCGCCGCCGCCGUAAGUUCUCCUCAGCAGGGAACACAGCUUCUGACUCCAGCAACGGGGAGUCCAACGGGGAUCCUACUGUUUACCGUUCGCUAAGCGACCCCAUGCCUCACCGGCGCCACUCUGUGUCAGAAGAAGGGAAUAACAGUUUCUCUGUGGAUAGUAACCUGCUGGGGUCGCUCUCUCUCUCCUCCAAGGGGGCAGGAGGAGUCGGAGGAGGAAGUGUCCCAGAGUCGUCCUCUGCAGCUGAUCUAUCAGAGUGCACGGGCAGCGUGACCAGCGAGCUAUCGGUGUGCAGUGACGGUGGUCUCCGUGACGAUAGUCUCCGUGACGACUACAGCAAUGUGAUCCGGAGCAUUGUUGCAGAGCCAGGAGCAAUGGACAGAUUGAUGACAGAUGACAAAAACAACGGGAAAGCCACGAAGAAGAAGUCCUUCUCGGACCCCAGUCGCCGUGGUGAUGGCCACCUGCUUGACGAAUCAGGGUUCAAAAGUCACCAUCACCCCAACGAACCAAUCAGUGAGCUGGAUCAGCUUGGUCAGAUCCCGCCCUCCAGCAGUGAGCCAAUCCUGAGUGAGCAGAGAGACGAGCUGUGGGAGCUCGGAGACGAACGUGGACGUCCAUUACGUAGUCGCCUUGUCAACAAUGAAGGUGGCAAACUCCGCUCCCAAUCAGAACGGGAGCUGCACUCCUGUCUCUAUGGUGAUGACACAGAUGGAGGGGGGCAGAUAUUGAACUUUGACCCCGAACUUGCGGAGGUUCUAUCUCCCAAAAUGGGCCGGCGGGCCUCCAGGAAACGCCCCAACCGAGUCGCACAAACAGCAUCGGAGGAGCUGGACCACUCGGAACCAGGUCCAGAAGACCACGGUCCAGAGGAGAGCCAGGAUCAAGACCAGACUGAGCUCAACCCCCCACUGCUCCCGCCCCACCCCAAAUCCAAAGCCAGGUCCAAGCAUGUCCGCCACGCCAGCGAACCUGCCACCUUCGUCCCUAUCUCCCCACCUCCACAGCCCCCGCCUGCCUUGCUACCCGCCUCUGAACCCUCCAACCUGGGUCAGCCCACUGGUGUGGAGGCCCCCUCCCUGGAGGAUGUGACCAAGCGGUAUAUUCUGGCUCUGAAUGCUCCUGGGUGCGAGGGGGAGCCGUCUGGGCCUGGGUCUGGAGGAACGGUGCCUGUACCAGACGGGUCCAACUCCAGCCCUGCUACUCCCACUGGUGCCAGAGAACCCAGACUGCAGAGGAAGAGCAGUGAGGAGCUGACCACACCAGCCCCACAGAGAGCCAAACCCAGAGUGGAUAUGAGAAGACAUGUCGUGAUGACCCUCCUGGACACUGAGCAGUCUUAUGUGGAGUCACUCCGGACACUCAUACAGGGCUAUAUGCGGCCUCUGAAGCAGCCAGACAGUGGAUCACUAGUUGAUCCCUCAUUGGUGGAUGAGAUGUUCUAUCAGAUCCCAGAGAUCCUGGAGCACCAUGAGCACUUCCUGGAACAGGUCACCGGCUGCAUCAGCCAAUGGCACGACAAACAGACCGUGGGUCAGCUGCUUAUCCAAUCGUUCUCCAAAGAGAUUCUUGCUAAUAUUUAUUCAGCAUACAUCGAGAACUUUCUGAAUGCCAAAGACGCCGUGAGGAUCGCAAAGGAGGCCAAGCCAGCAUUCCUCAAGUUCCUGGAGACCAGUAUGCGUGAGAACAAGGAGAAGCAGGCCCUGGGUGAUCUGAUGAUCAAGCCUGUCCAGAGGAUCCCCCGUUAUGAGCUGUUGGUCAAGGAUCUGUUGAAGCACACUCCUGAGGAACAUCCAGACCACCCGUUGCUAUUGGACGCCCAGAGAGACAUCAAGCGAUUGGCUGAGAAGAUCAAUAAGGGGCGACGCUCUGCGGAGGAGGUGGAGAGAGAGACACGCGUCAUGCAGGAGAUAGAAGCCCACAUCGAGGGAGUGGAACACGUCAGAGAUAUCCUUAACCCAAUGAGGAAGUUCCUGAGACAGGAGAUGGUGAUGGAGGCGAAGACCGUGGGGGGUAAGAAGGACCGUUCUCUCUUCCUCUUCAGUGAUCUGCUCAUCUGCACCACCCUAAAGAGGAAGUCUGGAUCCCUGAGACGCAGCUCCAUGAGCCUGUACUCUGCUGCCAGUGUGAUUGACACUUCCAGUAAAUAUAAGUUCCUGUGGAAACUUCCCCUAGAGGAUGUGGAGAUUGUGAAAAGCCCCUCCCAGGCAACCAACAAAGAGACCAUCCAGAAGAUGAUUGGUCGAUUGGAUGAGGACCUGAGUACACUGGGACACAUCAGCAAACUAUCAGAGACUCUCAGCUUCCCUCACCAGUCUCUGGAUGACGUGAUAAAGGACCUGAUGGUGUCAGUCCACAGGGAGCUUGCAGAGAAACAGUCUCUAGCCUUCAGUAUGAGCUUCCUGCCCACCAAGCUGGAGCUGACCACCGCCUCGGCAGAAACCAGCUUCGUCUUCGAGUUCAGCUCCCCAGACACACGCAGCAACUUCCAACAGGCCUUCGAAGAUGCCAAGAAGCAACUGGCAAUGAAUAAGGACCAGUGGGACCCAGAGUUCCUGAAGGCUAUCCCCAUUAUGAAGACCCGUAGUGGGAUGCAGUUCUCCUGUGCCUCCCCCAGCCACAGUUGUCCAGAGAGCAGCAGUGAGGUGUGGGUGUGUAACAGUGAUGGUUACGUGGGCCAGGUGUGUCUGCUCAACAUCAGAGACCAGCCCACUGUAGAGGCCUGUAUCGCUGUCUGCUCUGCUAGGAUCAUCUGCAUCGCCGCGGUCCCUGGACUCAAGGGGAGGGAACGUGGAGUGGACCCCUUCCCUGGCCCUCCCCGUGUAGCUAUCGACUCCACCCCAUCCCAGCAGCAGCUACACAUCUCCAUUUCUCAUUCGUCGCUGCAACUGACCGAGCCCCCUUCAGGGGCGGGUCCAGAGUUAGUUCCGUUUGACAGUGAUGACACGGACGAUGAAGAUUCUCCUAGCCCCUCCUCCACUCUGCAGAGCCAAGCCAGUCACUCUACUGUGUCAUCCAGCUAUGGCAAUGAGGAGGGGUCUGGUUCUAAGGACAUGGCUACAGAGACCACCAGUAGUGAGGAGGAGCAGGACUACCCAGAGGCCAGUCCUUAUGGAGCUCCAGGCAGGCCAGGGGUGGGUGGAAGAGGUCGACCCCACAGCGAGAGCCCAAUGGACGGGAGAGCGAUGCGCCGCUCCUCCCGGGGAUCCUUCACUAGAGCCAGUCUGGAGGAUCUGCUCAGCAUUGACCCGGAGGCUUACCAGAGCUCUGUGUGGCUGGGCACAGAGGACGGAUGUAUCCAUGUGUACCAGUCAUCAGACAACAUCCGGAACCGUAAGAACAGCAUGAAGAUGCAGCAUUCUGCCCCCAUCCUGUGUAUUCUCUACCUGGACAACAAGGUGUUUGUGUCCCUGGCCAACGGAGAAGUGAUCGUCUACCAGAGGGAGGCGGGGAGUUUCUGGGACGCCCAGUCAUCUCAGACGUUGAGUCUGGGCACGCCCAGUAGUCCUGUCACUAAGAUGGUCCCGGUCGGUGGGAAGCUGUGGUGUGGUUCACAGAACCGCGUUCUCAUCAUCAACACAACCACACUGGUGCAAGAGCACUGGUUCCAGGUGGGCACAGACAGCAGUAGGUGUGUUACCUGCAUGGUGAGCUACGGCCAGGGGGUGUGGCUGGCACUCCAGGGUAGUGCCCAGAUCAGACUUUACCACGCCCAGACCUGGGAAAGCCUGACCGAGGUGGACGUGGCUCCCGCCGUGCACAAGAUGCUUGCAGGUUCAGAUGCGAUCAUCCGGCAACACAAGGCAGCGUGUCUGAGGAUCACAGCUCUCCUGGGCUGUAAGGACCUGCUGUGGAUCGGGACCAGCGCAGGGGUGGUCCUGACCCUGUCUAUCCCAGCCGUCAGCUCUGGGACUGUGUCAGGGACGCUGCGGUCACCUCUGACCCCCAUGGGCUCCGCUCACGGACACACUGGCCAUGUGAGGUUCCUCACCUCCAUAGAACUACCUGAAGGAUUCGAUGUCAACUUCCCCCUGCCCGCCGAUACCACAGCCCAGAGUGGUGUUGACGGGGGUAAUGGGGGUCUGCAGAGGCGGGACUCCUCUCACCGACGAGCCUCCGCCCUCCUUCCCGUCAAAACCAAUCAGCUGGUGAUCUCAGGUGGCGACGGCUACGAGGACUUCCGGCUGACCAAUAGCAGCAGUGAGACAGUUGGGCGGGAUGACAGCACCAACCACUUACUGCUGUGGAGGGUCUGAGCCAAUCAGCCGGCCCCAUUUGAUAAAGCCCAACCCCUAAGCACCAGCAACAUACAGUACUGCCUUGGAGAGUUCUCUGACCCCUUUAAACCCCACCCUCAGCUGAAACCGCACACAAACCCCGCCCUCCUCUUUAAACCCCUCCCCCUUUUUAUUAGGUCCAGUUUUCUUUGUCCUUUGCUCAAUCUUCUGAUCUCUCUGUGCACGGGUGUUGUUAGCCCAGACUGAAAAACUACAGGCUCACUUUAAACCAGGUUUCUGUUGUUUUAGUUUAUUCCGAUGCAACUGUGUAUGUUGUUAAUCGCUGAGUGGUGUGUGCUUGGUGUUCCGGCGUGAAUCGCCCUCCACUUGUAUUGCUCAGUCUGUGGACUCCGUGUCAUAAUGAAACUCUACAGACUUUACUUGGAGAGAGGGAACAGAGAGAGAGAGAGAGAGAUUGGGAAAGGGAGAGUGACUGGAGAAAAGAGAUUAGAUGAAGGAUAUGGAGGGAAAGCAAGAAAGAAAGAGACAAGGAAAUAGAGAGUGUGGAUGAGGACAGACCGAUCAGGUGAAGGAGAAGAAGAGAGAGAGAGAUUGAGGCAGACAUGGUGAAAGGCGAGUGAUGGGAAGAGGAUUGUGAACUCUGCAACAAGCCAAAUGAUGGACUAAUGGAAGUAACAAUGGAACAAGGAGUUUGAAGAAGGGCCUGAGGAGUGGGGUCAAACAUCCAUCUUUGGAUUCCUCUUUUUGGCCCACACCAUGUGAACACUCCAUCCUAGGGAGGAGAGGAGUAAGGGAUGGAAAAGGGAGUGAAGGAGACUAAAGAGUAAAUUUAUAAAAGUAACCAAUGUGCAAUAUAUGGCAAGGGUACCUACUAAAACUAUACACGAACACACACACACACACUUUCUUCACUCGUUUGACAAAACGCAGCUCGUCUCUCCUCAGCCUAUGACUCACUCAUACAUACACCUCUUUCUCACCCUUAAUCACUUUUGUGUUUGUUUUUGAUUGUUUUAAAGGUUUGUUCUAUUUUAAAAGAACUGAAACAGCAUCGCACCACUACAGUGAAGUGUGUUUUAAAGGUUUGUUCUAUUUUAAAAGAACUGAAACAGCAUCGCACCACUACAGUGAAGUGUGUUUUAAAACGUUUAUUUUAGAGGUCGUAGUAGAGAUGUGUUUGUACAGUAUUUAUGUUUUUGAUUUUAGCUUUGUAUUUUUUACAGCUUAAUUUAUAGAUGUCUUUUUGUUUCUUUCUUUGCCUCUAAGAGAUUGUGAUUUACAAGAGCUCUGACACACACACACAAACCAGUGUCCUCAAGUUCAGGCUCAAGUGGUGAUCGUGUUUAAUGUCUCCAAGCCAUGAGAACUACCCUGCAAACUAUCUGGGUCACCUUCAACCACUCCAACCGAAUGCAUUAGCAUUAGGCUAAUUACCCCACUGUGAGCCAAUGAAGAGGCUAACCGAUUAUCAGACGCGACAGGUAGCCUAGCGGUUAAGAGCCUUGGGCGAGUAACCGAAAGGUUGCUGGUUUGAAUCCCCGUGGCGACUAGGUGACAAAAAAUCUGACAAUGGGCCCUUGAGCAAGGCACAACUCUUAAUUGCUCCUGUAAGUCGCUCUGGAUAAGAGCGUCUGCUAAAUUACUAAAUAUGUAAAUAUAAUCGGAUGGUCCUUGGAUAUUCAACUGCUGCUAGCUGUGUCUCUGUGUAGAGGUAUGUUAGUGGAGCAGCCUGUCUCUGUGUAGAGGUAUGUUAGUGGAGCAGCCUGUCUCUGUGUAGAGGUAUGUUAGUGGAGCAGCCUGUCUCUGUGUAGAGGUAUGUUAGUGGAGCAGCCUGUCUCUGUGUAGAGGUAUGUUAGUGGAGCAGCCUGUCUCUGUGUAGAGGUAUGUUAGUGGAGCAGCCUGUCUCUGUGUAGAGGUAUGUUAGUGGAGCAGCCUGUUUCUGUGUAGAGGUAUGUUAGUGGAGCAGCCUGUCUCUGUGUAGAGGUAUGUUAGUGGAGCAGCCUGUCUCUGUGUAGAGGUAUGUUAGUGGAGCAGCCUGUCUCUGUGUAGAGGUAUGUUAGUAGAGCAGCCUGUCUCUGUGUACUUGCUAAGUGUUCUGUAUUUUAGCCAAGUGUGGAAUAAUUGUUGUUUAUUCUGUCCAUGUUGUGUUGUCACAUUGGGUAGAUGGUGUGUCACAUUAUAUUUCCAUGGUCCCCUCCACCCAUUAUAUUUCCAUGGUCCCCUCCACCCAUUAUAUUUCCAUGGUCCCAUCCACCCAUUAUAUUUCCAUGGUCCCCUCCACCCAUUAUAUUUCCAUGAUCCCCUCCACCCAUUAUAUUUCCAUGGUCCCCUCCACCCAUUAUAUUUCCAUGGUCCCCUCCACCCAUUAUAUUUCCAUGGUCCCCUCCACCCAUUAUAUUUCCAUGGUCCCCUCCACCCAUUAUAUUUCCAUGGUCCCCUCCACCCAUUAUAUUUCCAUGGUCCCCUCCACCCAUUAUAUUUCCAUGAUCCCCUCCACCCAUUAUAUUUCCAUGGUCCCCUCCACCCAUUAUAUUUCCAUGGUCCCCUCCACCCAUUAUAUUUCCAUGGUCCCCUCCACCCAUUAUAUUUCCAUGGUCCCCUCCACCCAUUAUAUUUCCAUGGUCCCCUCCACCCAUUAUAUUUCCAUGGUCCCCUCCACCCACCUCUGUUUUCACAGUAACUGCGUACUACAUUUAUAGACACUACAUUGUAGAAUAUGAAGCAUGCUAGCUUUCAUGUUAAUCAAGUAACAGAAUUGAGUAGGAUAUCACUGUGGCAAAGACAUUCAGAAUUGACCAUUCACACUACUUCUAACCAUCAUAAUAAGUUUAUGCUGCCAUCCUAGUAAAUUUCAGUAGCCUUUCUGCCAGUGUGUGAAAGAAGUCUUUAUUGUGUAAUGUAAAUAUUGGUAUAUAUGUCUGUUGUUUGUGUAAAUAGUGCCCCCCCACACGGUCCUCAACUGUUGAUAUGAAUCUAAUGGCAUAUUUUUAUAUACUUGUGUGUGUUUUGUCUCCUCUGGCAUGUGCUGUCAAUCACGUUUAAAUUAUAACUGCCACAAAAUUACAACAAGAGAAAGAAAACAGCGUCUAUGGUUACACUUCAGUUGUCAUGGUUACUUCACCGUUUUCUUCCUGUAGCUGUUUCUGUUUCGUCACUUCGGGUUCUUCUUUGGAAUUAAAUCAUGUCACUGGUGCCAGA